UUGCAGAUUCGAAACGGAAACGCGCGCGUGCGCCGCCAACGAAAUCGAUCAAGUAUUUGGAUUUCGAAUUGGAUUUUUACGCCGUUUCGGUCAUAUUCUGAAUCACUUGGAGUGACACACAUAAGGCAAGGUCGCGGAAUAGUACAUUACCCAAAGUCAAUAUGGAAGGCCAGGCCAAGCAAGCGUACUUCGUCAAUGAGGCAUUUAAUCACGAAGAGCCACCGCAGGGUGGAGGUGCAAGUGGAGGUGGAGUUGGAGGUGGAGGAGACAAUCUGCAUCGCCGGAAAAGCGGUGGCAACAAAGAGCUGCAGCUGGACAUGGGUGGCCUCAAGAAGGGCCAGGAUGUGGCCGGCAGUGAUCCACCCAGCAUGGACUUUGACGACAUACUCCCCCUGAUCGGGGAGUUUGGCCGAUAUCAGAAGUUGCUCUUCAUCUGCAUGAUCCCCUUCUCGUUCUUCGUGGCCUUUGUGUACUUUUCGCAAAUAUUUCUCACCUUGGUACCCGAGCAGCAUUGGUGUCAUGUUCCCGAGUUGGAUGGCUUGGAUGUGGAGGCCAGACUGGCGCUUUCCAUACCCAUGAGCAACGGCGAGUACAACAAUUGUUACAUGUACGACGUCAACUACACGGAGCUACUGGCCCAGGGCAAGGUGAUGGCCGAUCCGAAGUGGCCGCGGGUCAAGUGCCGCCACGGCUGGUCAUAUAACUUCACGGAGAUCCCCUACUCGACGGUGGCCACCGAUCAGAACUGGGUGUGUGACGACGCCGCCCUGCCCACCUAUGCCCAGUCCAUAUUCUUCCUGGGCGCCAUCGUGGGCGGCCUCCUCUUUGGCUGGGUGGCGGAUCGCUUCGGACGCAUUCCCGCCCUGAUCGGCACCAAUAUGAUGGGACUGCUGGCCGGAGUGGGCACUGCCUUUGUGGGCAACUUCUGGCAGUUCGCCGCCAUGCGAUUCUUUGUGGGAUUCGCCUUCGACAACUGCUUCACCAUGAUGUAUAUCUUGGUUCUCGAGUACGUUGGUCCCAAGUACCGCACCUUUGUGGCCAACAUGUCUAUAGCCAUAUUUUUCACUGGUGCCGCUUGCCUGCUUCCCUGGAUUGCGUACUUUUUGGCAGAUUGGAAACUGCUGGCCAUUGUGACCUCUGCUCCGCUUCUGCUGGCCAUAUUCACCCCCUUUGUUGUGCCAGAAUCAGCUCGCUGGCUGGUCUCCCAGGGAAAGGUGGACAAGGCCGUCGGAAUCCUGAAGAAACUGGAGAAGGGCAAUGGUCGCCAGGUGCCCGCUCAAACAUAUCAGAUCUUCGCUGACAGCUGUAAGAGGAUGCGGGAACAGGAGGCCCAGAAUGGCAACUACUCCGUACUGGAUCUGUUCAAGUCACCACGACUGCGACGAACCACUCUGCUGCUCAUUGUCAUCUGGAUGGCCAUAUCGCUGGUCUUCGAUGGACAUGUGAGGAACGUGGGCUCCCUGGGACUGGACAUCUUCUUCACCUUCACCUUGGCCUGUUUCACGGAACUGCCUGCGGAUACACUGCUCACGGUGAUCCUAGAUCGCUUUGGGCGUCGUUGGCUGGCCUGCAGCUCCAUGGUGCUCAGUGGAGUGUUUAGUUUGCUGGCCACUGUGGUGCCCGUCGGCAUUUACUCCGCCGCAUUGGCCAUCAUGGGUCGCUUCUUUGUGAACAUCAGCUACAACAUUGGUCUGCAGUGGGCGGCGGAGGUGCUGCCCACUGUGGUCCGGGCUCAGGCGGUGGCCUUCAUCCACAUCAUGGGCUAUGUGGCCAGUAUCAUUGCUCCGUUUGUGGUCUACCUGGCAAACAUCUCGCAAGCUCUGCCAUUGAUCAUACUGGGAAUUUUGGGAAUCAUUGGAGGUUUGUUGUCGUUGCUGCUGCCUGAAACCCUCAACCACGUCCUACCCCAAACCCUAAACGAUGGCGAGGAGUUUGGACGCGGUCAGAGCAUUUGGGACUUCCCCUGUCUGGCCAAGCAGGUGGACGACGAUGAGGAGGAGAAGAAGAGGAACGGCGACGUGGAGGAGGUGCGAUCUCAGGCUUUCGUCAGGGGAACCCAGACGGGUGCUUCUCUGAAUGCCUCCACGGGUGGAGAACUUAGAUCCAGCAUUCUGCGCAGAUCGAUCAAGUCACGCAACUCCACGAAGCUGUAGAGGAUCAUCUCUAUGGCCAAAUACUAGGUAGCCUAUUGUUAUAGCAGCCAAUUAUCCGUAGCUCUGCCUUGCAUUUUUAGCAUCAGAUAUCAGAUAGCCUCUAAGUGUCGUUAUAGACUUUUGUGAUACUAGAAAUAAGACAUUCUAUGCGUCUCUUAAAACGAUUAAAUAAAGUAAAAAAAUUAAACAAAA